UCGUACGUGGGUCUACUGUACUUUCCCACAAUGCCUCGCGGCACAGCGUCAGUGUCGGCGCUGUUUGUGCUGCGCGUAGCGGCGAUAAUGUUCUUUUUGAAGAUGAUGCUCUGAGCUCCCCUCCUCCGCCGUCUUCCGGACCCCGGUCGUUCCAAACCAGGGCGGUCGUUGGGAUUUACGCGUUGGCAAACCUGCGACGCGGCUCCGCUGCAAAUUCGGAGGACGACCCGUUGAACCCAGAGAGGAGUUCACCUAUUGAGAUGAAAAUAUUCCUCGGCUCCGAAAAUGGUUAAAGUCCAGAUGGAAGCUACAAGGUCACCCGGUUUUGCCAAUCUUUGAGCCGCCAUGCCCGCCCCUCAUCACCCAUUGAGGGGGGCCCCUCCUCAGAAGCGGAACUGUUUCCUAACUUGAUUUAUAAGGAGUGCUUUGCAUAAAAAAUGGCAUAAACUUUUUUGGGUAUCACACAGUACUGUAUUAGUCUACAGGUUAAGGGUAUCACACAGUACUGUAUUAGUCUACAGGUUAAGCUGGGUUCUUAGUCGAUAUCCACAAGACCUAGAAGAAGAGGCAAAUACUACCAACUAGGUACAACAACCCUUGAACCAAUUUUUAAUGAUAUAAUAUCCAACCCUCUGCCUGACAAGGUCGAAUCAUGGCUGCUGCAGAACCCCAUAGCAUUCAUUUCUUGGUGAGACAAGGGGCGGACUGAGUUAAAAAUGCAGCGCAAUAGUGGCGGACUAGGAGGUGGUGGACAGCCGUGGGUGUUUAGGCGUGUGCGUCUUACUUGGCUCAGUUUCAUGCUUUUCUUUAUCCUGGUUUUCUUCCCGCUCAUUGCCCACUACUACCUCACGACCAUUGAUGAAGCCGGAAGUCCCGAUAAGCGGAUCUUCGGGCCCCGGCCUGGCGGCGAAUUGUGCGAGGCCAAACACGUGCAAGAUCUGUGCCGUAUACGCGAGUCCGUCAGUGAAGAGCUCCUGCAGCUGGAGGCCAAGAGACAGGAGCUCAACGGGGAGAUCGCCAGGCUCAACUUGCGCAUCGAGGCCUGCAAGCGGAGCAUCGACAGUGCCAAGCAGGACCUACUCCAACUGAAGAAUGUCAUCAGUCAGACGGAACAUUCGUAUAAAGAACUAAUGGCCCAAAACCAGCCAAAGCUGUCUUUACCUGUCAGGUUGAUUCCAGACAAGGAAGACCCAGGGCUACCACCACCUAAAUCAUCACGAUCCUGCCGCCUGCACACCUGUUUUGACUAUGCCCGCUGCCCCCUUACAUCUGGAUUUCCUGUUUAUGUGUAUGACACAGGCUCCUAUCCUUGGGGGGAAUAUAUUGACCCUCUGGUUAAGCAGGCUUUUGCUGUGUCAGUAAAGAACAAUAUUUAUAUAACUAAUAACCCCAGCAUUGCUUGUGUAUAUUUAGUAUUGGUCGGGGAGCUACAAGAAUCUCCGACCUCCCCACCGCCAAAUCCUUCAGAUUUGGACAAGCAACUUAAAGCUCUUCCUUACUGGAGAUCAGAUGGUCACAAUCAUGUCCUGGUGCAUCUUUUGAGAAAGUCCAUGACACAGAAUUUUCUGUAUAAUGUAAGCAUAGGGCGAGCAGCAGUAGCUCAGUCCACCUACCUAGAGCAGCAGUAUCGCGAAGGAUUUGACUUGGUUGCAUCCCCACUUGUUCAUGCCCUCUCUGAACCCAACUUUUUGGAAGUUCCUCAUCAAGUACCCGUGAAAAGGAAAUACCUAUUCACCUUCCAGGGAGAGAGGGUCGAGUCACUUAAAAGCAGUUUGCGAGAAACUCCUCCACUGUCAUUUGAGGAGGAGAUGGACGGAGAUCCACCGGCUGACUAUGACGAUCGCAUCAUUGGGACAUUAAAGGCAGUACAGGAUAGUCAGUUGGAUCAGGUGCUCAUAGAGUUCACCUGUAAAAACCCCAAGCCGAGUUUGCCAACGGAGUGGUCUCUUUGUGGAGAGCGAGAUGACAGGUUGGAAGUACUCAAGGAAUCUACUUUUGCAUUGGUGAUUGCACCUGGAGAUGGGCACCUGGUUGCCUCAGGAGGCUGUGGAAUGCGACUUUUUGAGGCUCUUGAGGUUGGGGCUAUCCCUGUCGUGCUCGGGGACCACUCCAAGCUACCCUACCACCAGUUUAUUCGAUGGAGCGAAGCUGCCAUUAUGGUGCCCAAGCCACGUGUGACAGAACUACAUUUCCUGCUGCGUAGUCUAUCAGACAACGACAUGUUAGCUAUGAGACGACAGGGUCGCUUUCUGUGGGAGACCUACUUUUCCACCGCGGAGAGCAUACUUAAUACUAUCCUGGCCAACAUUCGCACCAGGAUCCAGGUUCCCGCCGCACCCAUUAAUGAAGAGCCUGCACAAGAAAUCCCCCACAAAGCAGGUAAACUAGCAGGGACUGAUGCCAACUUGGCAGACAACGGUGAUCUAGAUUUGGGUCCUGUAGAGACGGAGCCACCUUACGCCUCUCCGCGUUUUCUCCGAAACUUCACGUACACAGCUGUGGACAUAUACAGAACAUGGAACCGUGCUCCGGGCCCUUUUCAUUUGUUUCCGCACACUCCACUGGACCCCGUUCUGCCCUCUGAAGCCAAAUUCCUGGGUUCAGGUACAGGUUUCCGGCCCAUCGGAGGAGGUACUGGAGGAUCCGGGAAGGAAUUCCAGGCAGCUUUAGGUGGGAAUGUUCCCAGAGAACAGUUUACUGUAGUUAUGCUGACAUACGAAAGGGAGGAAGUGCUGAUGAACUCCUUAGAGAGGCUCAAUGGACUGCCGUACCUCAAUAAGGUCGUGGUUGUGUGGAAUUCACCCAAGUCUCCUUCUGAUGACCUGCUGUGGCCUGACAUUGGGCUACCUAUUGUGGUUGUCCGCACCGAGAAGAACAGCCUCAACAACCGUUUCCUUCCCUGGGAUGUCGUGGAGACCGAAGCCAUCCUUUCCAUCGAUGACGACGCCCACCUCCGUCACGAUGAGAUCAUGUUUGGAUUCAGAGUGUGGCGAGAGGCCAGAGAUCGUAUCGUGGGUUUCCCUGGGAGAUAUCACGCCUGGGACGUCAACCAUCAGUCCUGGCUCUACAACUCCAACUACUCUUGUGAGCUCUCCAUGGUCCUGACGGGAGCCGCGUUCUUCCAUAAGUAUUAUGCGUACUUGUACUCCUACGUAAUGCCCCAGGCCAUCAGGGACAUGGUGGAUGAGUACAUAAACUGUGAGGACAUUGCCAUGAACUUCUUGGUCUCCCACAUCACCCGCAAACCGCCAAUCAAGGUCACGUCUCGCUGGACCUUCCGCUGCCCGGGCUGCCCCCAGGCGCUGUCCCACGACGACUCGCACUUCCACGAGCGCCACAAGUGCAUCAACUUCUUCGUCAAGGUGUACGGCUACAUGCCGCUGCUGUACACGCAGUUUCGCGUGGAUUCGGUGCUCUUCAAGACGCGUCUGCCGCACGACAAGACCAAGUGCUUCAAGUUCAUCUAGCGGAGAGAGCCCCAGUGCAAAAGGAGUUGACGACAAAGACUGAUGGAAGAACGGAAGGGGAGCGCGGCUUCGGGAGUUUCCUCCGUAGCCCCCCUUCAGUGCUGAAAAAGGGCCUCACUUCCACCCUAAAGGAAAAGCCCUUCAGUGAAUCACUUUGCCCCUUUUUGUGACCUCCCCAUCAUCCUUCACCGGGAACCACUACAGAUGUUUUAUUUUUGCGAAAGGGGUUGCACAAACUGUACAGAACGGACGAUAAACUACCUAACGGAGACCUGCAGACAGUUUCAUUGCCUUUGGAUGGCUUCGUUAUACAGCAAUGGAAUUGUACUUCUAGUACAAGUACGUGACGGAAGCACUGAUUGUCAAAAGUAUUUUAUUGAGCGAACCUUUUUUUUUUUUUUUUAAUUGUCUUUCAAUUAUGUGGAUAGUCUUGACAAUGACAUUGUCGCCAUCCCCAGACACCUGGAAAAAGGACCUUGACAGAAAGUUUGGACCCAGCCGCAAAGGAAUCCACUUCAGCAAGUCACCAUAAUGCCUCAGUUUUGUCAUGGAAACCAGCAGACAAUUUAGUUGUGCGCAUGUCAAAGCACUGCAAGCUUUUGUGUGGCCUGCUUUUGAAUCUACAUUAUUAUAAUUUUAUUUUUUAUUUUAGAAAGGAGUAUUAGGGCCACACGGAAAAGAAACAAGAUGCAAGAGUUUAAGCAAGACAAACUAUUACAAAUGAGUCAUUGAGAGCAAUUGUGCAGUUGGCUGGCGGACAGCUGGCAUAGGGUCCAGCAUGACCCUUAAUAGGGCAAGAUAAUAUCUAAAAAAUGGAUGGGAAAGGUUACACUUUAUUACACACACACACACAAAAAAUCAAAAUGAGCUUUGAGCAAAAAUCUGACAAGGAUUUGAGGGUCGUCCUUCCAGAGUCUCCAAACUCGCUCAAAGCCACUGCUACUUUACAUUUUUCACAGUACCUUGUAGAGGAAAGUCUUAGCAAGGAAAGUUAUAUUUUUUUCAUAACACAUUGUUACUAUAAAGGGUGGUAACCUAGUAACUAUUUUAAAAUGCGGGUUGGUGGUGUACUGUAUUUAAGUAAUUAAUUGUAAAUCAGCACCGCAUUAUUUUAAUCCAUGAUGAAGGAGUUGUAGGGCCACACUGGAAAGAAAAAGAUCAUGUAAGAACAAAAAAAAGGUCACAAUAUUACAAAAGUAAUGUGACAAGAAAAGUUCUAAUUAAAAAAAAAAUGUGAAUAAGGAAUGAUGAACAAAUCUUUUGACUUUUUGUGUUUCUACUGGAGACUUUUGGAGACUAAACGGAAAUCAUUUUUGAUCACAAAUCGAUAUUUCUUCGCCAUAGUGGAGGUCUAGAUCAGGAGAAUCUGAUACCCCAAUUCGCAUUUGUUUUCAUUAGAUUUUUUUUUUUUCACCCUAAUCAGUAAAUAUCAGCUAUGCUACGAGUAUACAAAAAAAAAAAAAAAAAAAAAGUGGCUAACUACAACCCCUGUUCAAAUCCAGUGUGUGGGGCCGGUUUCAUUUCAUGACCUAGAACAGUUGACAGCUUGGCUUACUUUAGCUAAAGCAUUAUUGACUUUGCCCACCAUCGUUAUGUAACAUUGUCGAUUGUACGUUUAAUGCAAUGGCAACAAUCCACUGUAAGAUAUAUACAGUAUUUUUUAAAAUCUGUGUCACUUAAGCGAACUGAGUAAACACUGAAAAUGGAGAUAUGUAACGUUUGUACGAUGUUGCCGGUGUGCCCAGAGUUGCGUGACCUUCAUGGGAAAAACUAUAUUUCACUCAGCGUAGCCCUAAUGCUCCUUUUGUAAUUUGUAACAUUUCAGAAAGUGUCUGGUUCUACUAUUGUCCCUUCACGACGUGUCCAAUCCCUGCUGCCAAACACCAUAGAAAGUGAAACUAUUGGGAGUAAAUUGAAGUAAUGUAGGUGUACCACAGCAGUGAUUCCCAACCUUGUUGAGCCGAGGCACGUGUCUUCCUUUUGAAAAGUUGUUGGCACGCCAACAAACAAAAAUGUCACAAAAAGUGCAUACAUAGGUCAAUUAUACACUUUCUGCCAUCAAAUAGAAAUGAAUUUACCGUAAUUUCCGGCCUCUCACGCUUUCAAAUCUGCAGUUUAUGCGGUGAUGCGUUUAAUUUGUGGUUUUUUUUUUUAACGCCCGCAAUGGGGAACUCUAGCAGAAAAUGUACGAAAUAUAUGAAAUAUACGUGCCGAGAAAGUGACUUUUACCGGUCCGGCCCUGUUAGCGCUGCGCUAGCGUGUUACUGCCGUGCCUCAGUGAUUUUUACCAGUAUGUUUUUUUGUUUUGUUUUUUUUUUUAACCAGCCCUGUUAAGGUGGCGCUUAGCGUUAGCCUUGUGCUAGCAUUAGCGGGGCGGUGCCAGCAUUAGCGUCAGCGUGGUGGCGCUAACGUUAGCAUUAGCAUGGGGGCGCUAGCAUUAAACUCUCUGUGUACCGUCUUUCUUUGUAAAUAUCUCAUGUUUCAAUGUGGGCACUUGCAGCUUUUACACAGCUGCGGCCUAUGUAUGUACCAAAUGGUAUUUCCUUUACAAAUGUGCUGGGUGAGGCUUAUAACCAGGUGCGCUCUGUAGGCUGGGAAUUACGGUAUUUGUUCUGUCUGUCUUUAUAUGCUGUCCCAUAGGUAGAUAGAUGAACAAAGAUAUAUGAUGUGUUGUAAAUAAUAUUUUGACGGGAAAUUUGACACCACGGCACACUGGUUGGGAAUCACUGUACGACAGUAGAGUAUACUGGAUGUCCUGGCUUAACUGCUAUUAUAUACGGCCCACUAUAUCCACCCACGUGUACAGAACUCUUCCCGAACACAGAUGUGUAAAUGUCACUUUACAGUGUCGCCAUAUUGGUUUCACUUUUAUUUUAUUUUUUUAGAAACGUGAUCACUCGAUGAUUGUGUUCUUUGCCAAACGGGUACGAUGCAGUCCGGUACGCCCACAAACGACUUUAUCCGUUUGAGUUUGUGAUUCCAAAGUAUUUUACGGAAAGAAACUAGAUCCCCCUUGUUUUUAUGUUGGGAUGCUUUUUUUUUUUAAUUUAAAAAAAAAAACAAGCUUGAGUCCA